GGCUCACGAGGCCAGAGGCGACCGGCCACGCGGGCACCACGAGCACUGGAGGAGGAAGUUCCUCAACAACCUGAGAAAUGCCGGGCUGCUGAUGGAGAAGGCCCAGCCCAACCCGGACUGGAACAGCUCCGCCGAGGUCCUGAGGAGACUCUGCAUCCCCAACGCCCUGCACCAGCACGUCCCCAACAAGCCCACGGACUAUUACACCUGCGCCUUCCGCAGGUCCAAGCUGGACAAGUUCCUGGGCAGCGACUCCCGGGACUCCUACUUCAGCAACACGCAGAGACAUCGCAUCGUCUAUGAGAUCCUGGCUCGCACCAUCUACGGGAAGCGAGCGUGCCGAGAUCGGGAUCAACCGGCUGCUGAGCAGCGGGUGUGCGGCGCUGCCUUCCCGCUGCACGAAGACCCUGCCCCAUCCGCAGUCGCCCCUGGCUGUGCAGGUGGCCGACCCGUCUCCCUCUCUGUUGCCUUGACCCAGGGCCCCUUCGAGACGCCUGAGUCUGAGGUCCCCGCUGAAGCCCUGAACCCUCGCCAAGUCCUCUACCGCUUCUGGGCCCAGUGGGGCUGCUGGUACCGGUACCAGCCGCUGGAUCACAUCCGCCAGUACUUCGGGGAGAAGAUUGCCAUCUACUUCGCCUGGCUGGAUGGUGCGAGCCAGGAUCUCAUAGACCUGCCGACCCGAGGAGCGCGGCGCCGUCAGCAAAGUCCACCCUCGCCAGGGCUCACGGGCAGGAACCCAGCAAGUGCAGGGCAGAGGAGCCUUCCUGACCCUUCCCAGGCAAUCAGCCGUGCCCUGGAGCCUGAGAUUGGAUUCAAACACACGUCACGGGUUCUAGUGUUUCCCACCAGCGGUGGGGCCUGCGGAGGCUGA